AUGCCAAACGAAACAACCAAGGCAAGAAGGUCAUCAAGAAUAUCACCAUAUCAUGAAGACUCAUCGUCUUUUUUUAACAUUGCUUCUGUAUUAGAUAAACAAAAAGAUACCCAACAGAUAAAUACAGAUCUGGAAAAAUGUUCAUAUAUUCCACCCUGGACGGAGCCAUAUAUUAUUGGUAUAGCUGGUAAUUCAGGAUCCGGGAAGACUUCUUUAUCUCAAAAGAUUAUACAAGAAAUCAAUCAACCUUGGACAGUCUUAUUAUCAUUUGAUAAUUUUUAUAAUCCGUUGAGUCAAGAAGAAAGACAGAAAGCAUUUAGUAAUGAAUUUGAUUUUGAUACACCAGAUUCACUUGAUUUAGAUCUAUUAUAUAAUGUGGUGAAAUCUUUGAAAAGUGGUGAAAAGACUGAAAUUCCAAUCUAUUCAUUUACUAAGCAUGAUAGAACAGACAAAACGACUACAAUAUACGGAGCUAAUGUUAUUGUAAUAGAGGGAAUUUAUGCUUUGUAUGAUCAAAGACUACUCGACUUAAUGGAUAUUAAGAUCUAUGUCGAUACAGAUCUUGAUAUUUGUCUUGCCAGACGAUUAACAAGAGAUAUUUUAUAUAGAGGAAGAGACUUAUCUGGUGCUAUGAAGCAGUGGGAAACAUUUGUGAAGCCAAAUGCAGUAAGGUAUGUUAAUCCUACCAUGGAUAAUGCGAAUUUAGUUAUUCCUAGAGGUUUGGACAAUUCUAUUGCAAUCAACUUAAUGAUCAAACACAUUCAAAAGCAAUUAGCGUUAAAAUCAUCAUUACAUUUACAAAGUUUGAAGAGUUUGGGUGUGAAUGAAUUUAAUAUUGGAAAUUAUGGAAACCUUAAUUUGUUACCGAAUAAUAACCAUACAAGAGGGAUCAAUUCCGCCUUAUUCAAUAUGUCCACUGAGAGAUCAGAUUUUAUAUUUUAUUUUGAUAGAAUUGCAAUUUUAAUUAUAGAGAAUGCUAUUGAAACAUUUGAAAAUUACAGGUCGAAGAUAGUAAAUACCGCAGGCAAUUACCAGUAUCAAGGAUUGGACCACGUUGAUGAAAUUUUUGCAAUUAAUAUUAUUAGAUCUGGGGAUUGUUUUAUGAAUUCUAUUAAGAAAACAUUUCCUGAGAUAUCUAUUGGUAAAUUAUUGAUCCAAUCUGCAGCAUUGACAGGAGAACCUCAGUUACAUUUCGAGACCUUACCACCAAAUUUGGACAAGAUCGAACAUAAGACGAUAUUGUUAUUUGACGCACAAAUUAUAAGUGGAGCAGCAGCGAUAAUGGCAAUUCAAGUAUUACUUGAUCAUAAGGUAAGGAUGGAAGAUAUAGUAUUUUGCACGUAUUUGUCAACAGAAAUUGGAUUGAGGAGAAUUUUAAACGUGUUUCCUAGGGUUAGGAUUGUGAUUGGGAAAUUAAGUACUAUUGAUGACAGUACUAAAUCGUAUAACCCAGAAAAUUUCAAAGACACCGAUUGGUGUUUCAGAAAUAGAUUCAUUGAUUCUCUCUACUUUGGUACAUAA